GCCGAGCCUCUGAGGAAGCUUGUCGCACUUAGGUCUGUGGAGCAAUCCAGUUAAAAGUGAUAUCUGAUCCCGAACUGGUUUGCUGUGUUGCUCCGGGCAGCUCAUCAGCGAUGGCAGUGUGGUGUAUGCAGAGGCACUCUGGGACCAUGUCACUAUGGAUGUCCAGGAGCUGGGCUUCAAGGCUGGUGAUGUCAUUGAAGUAGUGGAUGCUACCAACAAAGAGUGGUGGUGGGGCAGGAUCGCGGACAGUGAAGGCUGGUUCCCUGCCAGCUUUGUGCGGUUGUGGGUCAACCAGGAUGAACCCAUGGAAGAAUACCCAGUCAGGGUCGAGGACGGAAAACCUGAUGAUGCCAACAGUGCCAACCGUCGGCUGGCCACAGGCCAAUCAAAGAAAGACCAAAUGCGGACCAAUGUUAUCAGUGAGAUUAUGAGCACCGAGAAUGAUUAUAUCAAACAUUUGAAGGAUAUCUGUGAGGGUUAUGUUAAGCAGUGCCGGAAAAGGACAGACAUGUUCACAGAGGAGCAGUUACGGACCAUCUUUGGGAACAUCGAAGACAUUUACAAAUUCCAGAAGAAAUUUCUUAAAGGUCUGGAGAAAAAGUUCAAUAAAGAUCAACCCCACCUGAGUGAAAUCGGUUCCUGCUUCCUUGAAUAUCAGACAGAUUUCCAGAUAUACUCUGAGUACUGCAACAACCACCCUAAUGCUUACACUGAGCUGUCCAAACUCAUGAAAAUCAACAAGUACGUGUACUUUUUUGAGGCAUGUCGCCUGCUUCAGAAGAUGAUUGAUAUCUCAUUGGAUGGCUUUCUGCUCACACCAGUCCAGAAGAUCUGCAAAUAUCCACUUCAGUUGGCAGAGCUGCUCAAGUACACCAAUCCAGAGCACAGAGAUUACAAUGAUGUGGAGGCUGCGUUGAAUGCCAUGAAGAAUGUUGCCAAGUUGAUUAAUGAGCGCAAGAGGCGGCUGGAAAACCUCGACAAAAUUGCCCAAUGGCAGAGUUCAAUCGAGAAUUGGGAGGGUGAAGAUGUUUUGGCCCGAAGCUCAGAGCUCAUCCAUUCUGGUGAAUUAACAAAGGUCUCCCAACCUCAAGCCAAGAGCAAACAGCGAAUCUUUUUCCUCUUUGACCAUCAGGUGGUCUUUUGCAAGAAGGACCUCCUGCGUCGUGACAUCUUGUACUACAAAAGCAGGAUUGACACAGACAGCAUGGAAGUGGUGGAUGUCGAAGAUGGGAAGGACAAGGACUUCAACAUCAGUGUCAAGAACGCAUUCAAACUUCAAAACAAGUUCACAAAUGAGGUCCACUUGUUCUGCGCAAAGAAGUUGUCGGUCAAGGAACGUUGGCUUCAAGCCUUUGAAAAUGAACGAAAACAGGUUCAACUGGACAAAGAGACAGGCUUUGCUAUCACAGAAGUUCAAAAGAAACAGGCCAUGAUGAACGCAAAAAAAUCACAUCCGACUGGGAAGCCUAAAGCUGUCACCAGGCCUUACUAUGACUUUCUGACAUUGCGGCAAAAACAUCCAAUGAUGCCUUCAACCAUCCCCCAACAGCAGGUCUACAUGCUGGCUGAGCCCAAACGCAAACCAUCCAAUUUUUGGCACAAUAUCGGAAGACUGACACCAUUCAAGAAGUGAAGGGACAGCUCAGUGAACAUAACUUAAUGCCUUUCCAAGGGAGCACUUUAAUGACCAGUUGCAAUCAGAAUGAACUCCUGCUCUGUGCAUGUGUGCACGCUCCAAUAUAAACUGUGUGUACUAUUACAUGACAACAAUUUCCUCAUUGGAAGGAGAUGGGAUAUCCUACAUUCAGUAACUUUUCUGCUGAGAGCACAUCACCCUGAUCUGACCAGCAACAGUGUUAACAGAAGAGUUGCCUACAUAUACGCUCACAUCGAUAACUACAGUCAAGCUCAAUGUUCUCACUCAAUCUAGAAGAAACCAAGCUUGUCCCAUUCUGUUGAGUGGAAAGUGUUGAGAUUUUUUAAAAGAGAAAUGGUAUGUCCUAUACCACACAGGAAAAGUAGAUUUUUCUUUUUUAACUGAACAGUUUGCUGUAUCUGUAAGGCUGUGCAAGCAUUAGGAAACAGAAAAAAACUCUACAGUAAACAAGUUUCCAGAGACAUCUCUCUUGCAGCAGUUUGGCCUUCUGUACUUUCACUGGAAUGAAACACUGUGUGCCUAUAAGCAAAUGAUUAUUAUUGAAAAUUGUUGGUGAACUGAAAUCACACUGUUCAAAAUCUUUUGCCAAACUUUUGGAAGAAAAUGCCAAACUAAACUGCACAACGCUCAAAUGUUUAGGGUUCCGAACUGGCAAACAGCACUAGUGUUGCUGGGCUACAGCCUGUGUUGGUGCCAGCAAUGUAGAAACAGAAAGAGCAUCUACAAUUGAACCAUGGGUCUACAAUCGUUCCUUUCAUUUCUGAUACCCGGGAUUUAACCCUAGGCGGAUGGACAGGGUGAAGAUCUCUUCCGUCUCACAUCUGAACAAAACCUGGUUGCACAGUGAAGUGGACACUGCACUCAGUUGGCACUGAAAUAAUGAGAGCGUGUGGUCCCCUCCUCAAAUAUUUACAGUAUUACCUUGAUCACCAGAUAAAUGAUCAGGUUGAAUUUAACCAGUGUAUAGGAGGAGAGAGUAACACGCCAAGUUGUUAUGUGCUAAUGUUUAUAAAUGAAUUGUGUAAAUAUUAACAAAAUGAUUUAUUUAUGUAUAUUGAAUUUAUUGUACUUGUUCUUGCUGUUUGGCUUCUUCAAAUUCUCUCCAGUACAAAUGCCUUAUUAAGGAAUGCACUUACCUGAUUGCUUGUUUGUUUUUUUUUUAAAUCCCCUGGUGUGGAAGCAAUUUUACUUCAGAAAGAAUUAACUUCAUUUUCCAAGAAUAAUGUAAAGGGUGUUUGGGAAUCAUAAUGAUGUUAGUCAUUUGACUGGUGGUAAAUUGGGUGAUGCUGUUCCACAGUUUACUGUCCUGCAUUCAAGUUAGAUUUCAAACAAUGAUUUCCUGCAGAGAAACCUUUCUGAUUGAAUUAUCAAAUCAAAUUCUGUAAAUAUGAAUGGCAAAUGAACACAAUGAAAUGCAUCUGGGUCUCUGAGGGCAGUGGAAUCUGUAGUUAACCACAAGACUGUACUGUAAUGUUGCCAUGUUUUUCAGUGAACAGUACCCAUUUGUGUCAUAAAACCUGACAUAUUAAGGCCAGGAGAAGCACAAACUAUGAGAAAUAUUUUGUAUUAUCCCUUCAAUGUCAAUAUUGUUCAACCGCAAAAAUUUGAAAAAAGAAACCGACAACAGCCUAUAAUCUGUAGCACACUUGCAUUUGUGCAGACAAAGUAUUGAUAGCCAUACAGGUCCUCAUCAAAAGGGAAGGAAAGUUAAGGGAAAUAAAUCCUCACCUCUGCAUUAUAAAUGGAAAUUAAAAUAUUCACAUCCUGAUUAAACUUGUAUGCCCAACUGUAGUAGCAUCAACCUUAUUGCUGAAAUGGCUCACAGAUGUCCCCAUCAUCCUGAGUUAGUCCCAUUACCAACAAUCUGGUCUGCAGUUUUGAACUUGCGAAAUCUGGAGCUGAGAGGUCAACUUGCCCACUGCUGGCGUGCAACACAUAAAACUUGCUUUCUUUUCAUUUGCAAUUAAACAACUCUGUGGCCAGUAAGGGCCCUUCUGAUGGUAAAAUGACAUCGCUAGUUCAGCAAUGAGAGAGACUCACUGGAGAAUAGGAUCUCCAAUAACUAGUAACAUCAGCAAUGCUACAAAUACAACAAAUAAAAUGCUAGUGUUGUUUUUCUAUGGUUCUCCCUUAAAGGUACUUCAGUGAUAAAUUCCCCUCCUCAAAAUUGGUAGCAAAAAUAGUCCCAGGUACGUCUGACCACAGCCCAAACAGUUCCGGAGUCUUGGUUGUAAGUUCCAUCAAAAGGCACAGUGUCAACGCAGUGCAAUUAGUGAAGUAUUUCAGUCAACAGUAAAAGGAGGAAAAGUUUGUUGGGCAGUUAUUCUAUUCAAACUUCUCAGUCUUUUCUCUUGUGUGUAGGCAUAACAAAAAUAUCUUUGAUUUUUUUUAGUUUUAGAUCAAAUUAAAGGUCAAUCCUCAGUGUCUCUGCUUUCCCCCAAAUCUACUCCACGAGCUAAGGACCCCAAAAGAAAUCACUCUUUAGGGUGAUUGCUAGGAGGAUGUCUGGAACUACUCAACUCUGCAGCAGCCAGCCAUGAUUGUUUUAUACAUCCCCUUAAAUCCAACCAUUUUGGAUUGAGCCAUAGGAGCAUCCAAUGUUCUUCUUUGUGCCAUUCAAGCCAAUGGUGUCCAUCUCUGACACAGGAGAUCUGAUAGAGAAUGCGUAAAUUAUAAGGCAUUUUGUAAGGUAAACAAAGGAAAAAUAAAUUUCCAUUGGUUGGGAGCAUCAAUGUUGUAAACUUACUAUUGCUAAAAAGAUUGAAGAAAGAGUUUAUGAAAAAUGUUUUAACACAGCUGUAGUGUUAGGACAUGAGAUGCCAUACUGGAAACAGCAAUGAAAGCAGAAAUAAGCGCAAUUUUAAAAGGGGUGUGGACAAAGGUUUGAAAAGGAAGCAAUGAAAGGGAUUUAGGGAAAGUGCAAGGGAAGGGAACUGUGAAGAGCUUUAUCAAAGAGCCAUAAUAGAGACUGUGAGCUUGAUGGCCACCAACUGUGCUCUAAAAUUCAAUGAUUCUGUGAGGGAUUAUACAUAACAAUGUCAUUUAAAUAACUGAGGAGGAAGUCAAAAUGCAAAAAUUAGUCUCCACGUUGAACAGAAAGAAAUUUAUUUACAAGGUCCACAUUCAUAAAGGAACUGCACCCUCUGGACUUCGCUUCCUGCUUAAGUUAUUCAAAUUGAAUAGGCUAUGAUCAUUCAGUACUGCUCAAAAACUUAUAUUUAUGGUUCAGCAGCUUUCUGUUUAGUUCACUCAGUUUGAUUUCUAUUCAACUUUUUUUUGUAUCGCAUGUUGUCAGUAGAUGAGCUUCUCUCCUGCCUAUGUCUGUGCUUCUGUUUCUUGACCGUAUAGACCAGUCUCUGGCCAAAUUACCAAAUCAAAUUUCAGUGGGUAAAUUUUCUGCUUGAUGCAUUGUCAUCAGACAAGAUUGGCUGGCUGUUAUAGAAACUGUCCGAUUUUAAUUCUCAGUGAUUUAUAUGAAAAAGAUCAGGCAGCUAAUACACAAUGAUAGUUUUACACCCAGCUGGCAGAUUGAAAGGAUUUUUAUAAACAGUAAAGGAAGUCCAAAUUCUGGAAAUCACAGAUUUUUUCAGAUGUGCAAAGUAAAUAUGUAAACACAGCUAAGUGUAAUAAAUGUCCUCUGAAGGGUCCAGACCCGAAACGUCAGCUUUCCUGCUCCUCUGAUGCUGCCUGGCCUGCUGUGUUCAUCCUGCCCUACACCUUGUUAUCUGCUGUUAUUCAUGCUUGUUGUCAUCAAUUACACAUGAAGAAAGUUUCCUUCCUCCUCGUGAAGGAGUAUCACUCACUGAAAGCCUUUAAAAAAAUUUACCAUUCCAAAUUUUAGGAAAAGCCCUUUAUCUCUGUGCUUCAUUGAAGGAUACAGCAGCAUAGUGGGUUGUGAAUAAGUUAAAGCAGUUUCUUUAGAAUGUGAGUUACUUAAAAUCUUUGGCUGUUGAUGUCAUGUUUAGCCAUUACACACUAAACUUUGUCCUGUUGGGAAGAAUAGGAAUGCUGUAGUUGUUAGCAAAACAAAAUACAUUUAGACAAUUUUUUUGAAGCAUGACAUUUAUUUGCCUCAUGACUAUGUUUUUGAAUAGAAAAUGUUUCUAUAGAUUACAUUGGAAAAUUCAUUAUAUCAUUUCAAAUACAUCAUUUUAAACUAAUAUUACCAAAGUUUUGCAUUCAACAACAAUGAUUCUUGGAAAAGAAAAUUGAUUUAAUAUUGUUUGGAAAUAAUGGGAUUCCUGUAUAGUCUCAAUACAGGUAGUGCACAAUAUAAAUAAAGUAUUAUUGUAUUUUUAAAAUGCUGCAACAGUAGGGUAAAAACCAUUUUUAGUGAGAUUAAUUCCAUGAAAAGCCAACACACUAAUCUUGAUUAGCAAACCUCACCUCAACAUUUUGAAGGCAACAUCCUUUGUGCUUUGAAGUCCAAAUUUACAGGACACUCCACAUGACAGGUAAUAUUAAACAUCCAGCAUCGUAACAAUACUGACCAGGAAACUGGACCUCAACAUGUGGAAACAUUUCAUCUCAAUUGAUCAUCAUUCCUCCCACACAAAGAAACAAUUCUUUUAAAAAUGUACUUUCUGAAUGACUAAAUUUUCACUGCCAUGAGUUUUGGUUCUACUGUGUAGUGCACCAAAACUCUUAUUGCUAUGUUAAUUUCGCAUUUCUGUUCUUGUGCCAGGUUACAAGCAUUUUUUUUUUAAGCCUGCAAUCAUCUACAACAGUACAUAAAUUUAUUUUCCACCAUUCUGUAGAAAUCAUUGUGGGUCAAAUCUUAGCUUUGUUCAAGAUGUAUAAAAUAGACGACAGCAAGUCAGCAUCCCAAUUUACAUCUCUGCUAAUACUUUAUUGAAUCAAGAGGAAAGUGAAAUGACUACCAGCCAUUCUACACUCUUGCACAAAGUCAGAAUUUACCCCAUUCUGUUUGUCCAGCCACACUUUGAGGGUUUCGUCCUCCUCUGUUACCCAAAUGUAAAUCAGGUUUUCAGAUUGUAAGGCAACAAUAUAUUUUGGAACUCACUGGCAACAGUGGAAUCUCAGAGCUGACGAUUGUAAGCGAGGCUGUGGAAUUCCCUAAACAAGGCUUUUGAUGCUUCAAGUAAUUAUUCUGGCAAAUAGGUCCUGAGCUCCUCAGCAUUCCCACUCCUUUACUGGUGUUGUCUCAAGUAUUGUUGGUCAAAGACUUUCAUUAAAGUGAAAUGUAUCUUACUGCCUUGUUAUCUUUUUGUGGUGAAAGAGCCUCCAUUCAUUUUUUAGCAGUGAAAUCUUAUCUAGUUUGGUUUCCUGAAUUUAAACACCAGAUUACAUCAGCGAACUUGGUUCAAUACAAAAUAAGGCUGUGCUUAAACCAAUUUUCUGUCACUGUUCAAAAGGUAAAGCACUUUAAGUUGAACUGACGUACAGUGAUCUAGUUCUGAUCAAUGAAUUACAGUUAAUUUGCCUUCAGUCUGUACACUUGCAUAUAACAUGAGCCCACUGUUGGCAUGAGACCGCUUUCUCUGUACAGCCUGUGGCACCUCAGGUCUUACGAGGGACGUGCCACAUCAUGGCAACAAUCAAGUUGCACUGUGCUGUUUUAUAUGUGGUAUCUGUUAAUACUUUUGGUGAAACAAUGGAAAAAUCAAAAGUGCCAUUUUCCAAAAGGCUCUUGAAAAGCAGUUGGAGCAGGUGAUGACCUUUGAAGUCAGAAGAUGCCAGUUUCUGUUCGUACACAUUGGGUAACCUCUUAUUCUUUUGUCUGUGGCUGUGGGAUAACUUGUCAGAGUUAUAAAGUUUUAACAGUAUUUUUGAAAUCUAUGGUGUAGCUUUCAAAUUACUAGAGUACUAAUGUGUUCAGUUCAUACUGUGCCACCAAAAUUGCUUGUAAUGUUUUGUAUAUACAAUUCUCAAUGAUUUGUCAACCAGUUUCAUAGCUCUUAUGUUCCAGGAGGAAUUGAUUUUAGGGAUUUUUUUUCUUUCACUUGUGUGCUAGAUACUUGUGAUAAGCAAGUAGAAUUUGCUGAAAAAAUACAUGACAGUGUUUGUAUAAAUUCUAUCUUUGUACAUGGAUGUUUGUUUACAUAAGCACUUCAAGCAAGAUAUGGGGAAUAAAUGUUUUCAUUGUGUCAAAGCA